AUGGGUGGGGUCCUCGAGGAAGGGCCGGUGGUGUGCGCCUCCGAUCUGUUCGGCCCGCUGGCCAACGAGACCUACGUCUGGGCGAUCGGCAACUACAACUUCACCCAGGACGUGGUGGACCCCCGCCUCUGCUACGAUGAGGACGGCGCCGACGCCAACACCACCCACCCCGCCGAAGUCUCCGCCUGGCUGUGCGACGGCAGGGGCAGCACAACAACAACAGCGGCCGAAGACGACGACGCCACGGGAUUUACUGUCUGGUGCGGCUGCGCGACUCCCGCCCCCACCACGGCCGGCAACGACGGUCUUCGCGACUUCACCUUGUCUCCGGCCCCCGUCGCCCUGGCGGCGGAGCCAGUACACACCAGCGAAGACGAUGGAAUGCCGACACCGGUCAUCAUCGUCACCGCCUUCGCCGUGUUUGUCGUCGUGGCCAUAGUUCUGGCGAUAGCGUUCGAGGGCUUGCGCAAGGGGCUCUGGAUGUGCAUAAGCUGCAAGCGAGAGUCGACGUCGGAGAACAUCGGAGUAUCCUCUUCCGUCUCGUCUUCGCGUGGCCAAGCGGCGUAG